GGACAUCCCGGGGGAUGGGGUGGGGGGGAUGUGAAGCAGGAGAGCAUAUAGGGUCUCUCGAUCCCCGGGGAUGGCGUCCCCCCCCCAGCCUUGGGGACGACAGACUCCCCUACACCCAGGCAUUACUUGGGUGGGAAUUGCUGCUCACCGGCUGUGCGGAUCCAUAUCGGGACACCCACACGCUGUCAGGGUUUGGGCACACAGUGUGUUGGGGACAGCAGGCUGGGGSACCCCAGGAGCAUAGGGCACACAGGUAUUGUAGUGAGAGUCGCAUUCUGCCUCCCUGCACCCCAAGCCCAGAGCCAAGGAGGGUGGGAAAAGGGGCUUAUGGCCUCCAGACACCUCCAAUAAGUCAAAUUUAAUUAAAAGCCCGAGGGUCCCUACAGAGUCCCCCCUGAACGGUGGCUUGGACACAGCAGGGACAAAACCCCUAUUUGUAAUGGUGCCUUCAUCAAAGGCAGAGACGGUGCCUUGCAGGAUACUAGAGGGGGUGGGGGAUUCAUUACAGGCACAGAACUGGGACCCAGCCUUGGAAAGCCCAGGUAUCUGUCGAAACAUGAACUAUUUAAAUCUAUUAAGAAUUUCACCCAGCCUGUCUUUAUCCGGUUUUAAGUGCUUAGAUUCCAGCUCCCCGGCGUGCCGUCCGGGCUAUCAUUCAUUAUCUGAGGCUAUUCGUCUCCACAUUGUCACACUCUUUUGACCCCUAAAAUAAAGCUCUCCAUAAGCCUUUCCCCUCCCGGUCCCCUGCCUGCCCACCAGUGAUUUAUUCCACGUCUCCAUUCCCUUUGCUAGCCCUGGCUCCAGGGGUGCAGUGGGGGUUUGGGUGAGYAUAAAUGGUGCUGUUACAGUUGUACAUCAGCUGAGAGUUUGUCCCUGGAGCCCAAGUGCUGUGUUUAUUUCCAGGCAAGGGUUUAACUGGGGUCUGAGAGGGACUUGCCUUGGGUUUUUUGCUAGAGGAGUGGAGAGCAAGGUAGGACGAGCCCUGGCUGAGGCAGGGUGUAUGUGGAGGGUCUCCAACUCCCUGCCACCUACCUCAGGGUCAGCUGUGCCACUGCAGGGCAUAUUCCCUCUUGCUGCCUGAAACCUGCUGUUUUUCCCUGGCUAAUCCUCAGGCACACAUAGAGCUGUGCCUUCAUCUGUCCCUGCUUUCUCUGCCCCAUCCUCAUCAAUAUCUCCAAGCUCAUGUCCUGUGCUCCAGCUUCAAGGACAUCUGCUCAAGGCUGGAGCAGGUGGAGGUGAAGCAGAAACUCAUUUUGCCUUCCUUUCAGGGGCAGACAGACAGCACUGACAAGGGCAGGGUGCUGGGGUACCAGUGCCCCUCACCYUGGCUGCUCAGAGCAGCAUCUCACUGUGGAGUCUGAGUCCUGCUGGUGCCACUUGUGUGCUGGCAGUGCCGACUUGGGGAGAUUAGAAGGAUUUGGCAGAGGAGGACAAGGGGUCAAACUUGUUUUUUCUUCUUUUACAAAAGAAGAGGAAAAUGAACCUUUAAUUUAGGAAUGAUAACUCAGCUGCCUGAAGCAUGGCAAAUGGACUGGGCAGUGGAGUGAACUUCAGCGGGAUCACCAGCUCACACUGCUUCACUCUGGAGCCAGCGAGAUGGGAGGAGGUGRUGGGUGGAUGAGGCCACCAGCACCACCAAACGGAUGUGCCGGGCUUCCUGGGACAGGGCACAGGAGCAGCUGGCUGAUUCAAGGACAGCUUCCCUCAGAGUCUGGGGUUUUGGCCCCUGACUGUGGUCAUCUGCCCUUGCUGUGUGGGGCAGAGAAGUCCUGGCGCUGCCUGGACCCUUGAGCCAGCUCACAACAGGCAUUUUUCCCACGUGCUUUCUCCCGGUGCCUUCUCCCAGCUCUGGUAGCAUGGUGUCUGUGGGUUUUACAUUUGGUGGAGAGGGUCUCAGGGGUGCAGCUKUGUGUUGUGCCGGAGUUCUGGGAAGCCUCAGGAUUGGUGGCAUUGAUAGAGCUGUUCCUUGCUGUCACUGAUAYAUUGGGACUUCCGUGGCACACCUUCAUGUGCAUUUUGCUCUGGCCAAGAAAGAAAUAUAUUUAUCACUCCCCCAUCCCACCCCUGAGUACGUUAGCUCUAUGGUGGAGGAAUAUAGGGGUUACCUGUUUGAGCCAAUUUUUUCCCACACUGAUGAACUAAWUUGUGAGAGUGGCAUGGUGGGCUGUAGCUGGGCUGGAUCCCAAGGGGCACAGUCCCCAGGCUGGCUGUGCAAACAGCGCUGGCCACUCAUGGGUGGCAACUGCACCCAUUGGGACACUGGUAGAUGGCUGCAUGUGUGGAAAAAGAUUCAGUAAUGAUGUACAAGCACUGACAUCCUGCAAGUGAUGCCUGAGAAAGGGCAUCCUCAUUGUGUUAGAUGUCCUCAGAGAGCUCARUGAGGACACAGACCUUUCCAUUGCAGAAGGAAGCAGGCUGUGGUAGUGCUGGAAGAUAUCUCACUCACGUGCUGCUGGCACCUUGGUUAGUGCCAAACUGCAGGRAGAAAGAUCUCCUUGCUCUCACCAGCUCUGUACAUUCCCUUUCUUCCUCUUCCCCUAUUCUUCACACGUUUCUUGCUCAGCUCCUUGUGUAACAGUGAUUUCUCUUUGAGCAGGACAGGUAGGGACAGCCUGGGGCCCCUGGGCUGGUCCAAAGGGUACAGGGAUACAGAACAGGCAGACUUAGAGUCUGAGGAGCCCCAGGCAGGUUCAGGGCAGGAUUUCAGCCCAGCCGKUUUGCAGUUGGGCUGUGCUUGCAGGCACUGUGAGGAUGGGGACAAGCAAAGCCAGCUUCCCUGGUGCCUGUUGGCUCUCCAUGGGCAUGGCUGAGAGCAGCUGGGAGAUGGAAGAGAGAGCAAGGGAGAAAAUCAUCCCAGCUAAAACGUACUCUACUCCAGCCGUGGGUCUGAGGGGGCCCGGAGGGAUGGACACCUGCCCUCCAUCCUUCUCCUGUCCAUGCACAAAGGCAGCACACCUCCAGAUUUUCAUGGGACUUCUUCAGAGGCACUAAGGAGGGACCCAUCCACCAGCCCCUSUGGCUAUACCCUUGCUUGAGGGGGUCCCAUGUCCCUCAAGACACACACCCUGGGUGGUUUCAUGCACCAGAGGUCUCUCCUCUUUCACUGCCCUGUCCAGCACCCAAACUACAAGAGCAGAGCCUGUAAGGGCAGGCUGCAGGGCUGGAGGGCCCUGCCUGCAUGUCUUGGGGUGAGCUUUGUGAGUCACCCCCUGGGCUUGCUGACCACACUUGCUACCCCAUGACACCCAACAGAAGGGCUGCCCAGCCACCCUGGACAUGCCUUCACCCCUGGAGCAGCACCAUAUGAGCAGAAAUGCAUCUCCCAGUGGAGAAACCCCUACCUGGUGGCAUGUCCCUGUGCCCUUGCUGGGAUGGCUGCUGGGUUUUUCAAAGGGACACUAUUUCUCCUGCACUCUUUGAGAUGACAACUGGCUUCAGCAUUGGGCUACUUGCUUUUUCCCACAAAGGCAGCUGAGCUUUYGCCAAUGCCAUCCCUUGUCCCUAUUCCUGGUCACAUCUGCUUUUCUGUGGUGACAUCAGGCUCCCCAGCCAUGCCCGACACAUCCCCAAACUGGAGGGUUUGUUUGCAUUUUGUGUCAGAAGCUUGACCCCUUCCAAUACCCCUCACGUGGGAGGACACUGGCAGAACUGGGCACACCCCGACAUCUGCUCAGCUUUUGCGGGUCCUGCCACCACAUGUGACCCCCACAUUUGGGCAUGAACUAGCCAAGCCCUCAUGCUACCCCAGCUCCAGCCUCUGCCAGCACCUGGAGGAAGGACACAGUGACCCCGAGUGGGUGGACGUCUUUCUUCUUAUCACAGCCCUUCCAGGGUUUGGACUUGGCUUUAGGACCACCAGCUCUGCAGGUGCACGCUCCCUCCAUCCCCCCGGUACCUGUAGCACAAGGUUGGGCAGCUCCUGCUCACGAGAGCCUGGCCUCAGCAUGASCCUGCAGCUAGGAGGUCCAAGGGCUGGUGCAACACCAUGCCAAAGCCUCCUUCCUUGAGGCAGCAUCCCAGCUGUCUGCAUGCCAUCCUUGCCAAAGAGGUGUAAGGAGGAGGGCAGGGAAUGGGGUCCCCCUUCUYUUCCCAACCCAGGGCAUUUCCUGCUGCCUCAGGUCCCUGGGUGCUGCUCAGCAGCCAAACCCUGGCUGUGCCCCCCGGGGCAGUGACUUGCUGCUUACUCACCACACCCUCACGAGCCUCCUGCUCUGUUUUCCACACCUGGCUGCCCCGGUUAGUGGCAGCACCCACGCAUCGCCCCGGGUGAGGGGCCGAGUGCCUGCCACACGCCUGCAAGGGCUGUAGGGAAAGCUGGAUGGGUGAAAAUAAAUCUGUGUGUCCCCCUUGCCCUGUUUGCACAGCUCGGAAAGAGAUGGGUUCCCUUUGGGUUUGACUUCCUUGUAGGGCUGUCACUCAGUUUGACACCAUUGAGUGGGACAUAAGGUGACCUAUGUCCCCAAGGAUGGAGGUCAGUUCUCCAGGGCUGUCACCCUGCAGUUCUUACUUCUCCAGGUGGGUGCAGAAUAAUUUCUGGGCUCAGUUAUCCUCGUAUGCAUCCUCCUGAAGGCUUCYAGAGGCUGGGAUAGAGACCUGCAUGGGAGGCGAGACACAGCCUUACUGCCCCAGAGCAGAGUCUGCUGGGCACCAGGCAGUGCCCAGGCAGCACUCAAUGGCUGCAGGCUCCUCAGGUCCCACAUGGAGCUGGUGUGGUACAACCACUGCUCUGCCUUGGCACUUCAGGGCCAUCAGGACCAAAGCAGGCAUUUUUCACCCAAGAUGCAGGUGCCACUUUUGAAGGCUGACUAUCCUCUUCCUCACUGCRUGGUUCUGCCAGCCAGCCUCACUCCCAUGGCUUCCUGCAGACUGGAACUCCACUGGCUGCCCUCCAUCAAAAUCCUUCUUCACGUCAUCCUCAUGCCCAAGGAGAAAACGGUGACUUGGCCCAGGCUYCUUGGUCCUGAUUUUGUCUGGGAAUGAGACUGAGACGUGCUGGAAGUUCCAUGACCGUGAGCUGAGCUGGAAAAAAAUGGUGAUUAUGGCUCUCAGGAACCCCUGGCUCUGUUGCAGCAGGCACAGCAACCAGAGCACAGGGGUUGCAUCAGAAGCCCCAGUGACUCCUGCUUGAUGUGCGUCAUUGGGACUGGGCUCAGGCUGCGGCUGUGGCAGCCUAAGGGGUGACAGCAGURGGUGGGUGGUGUUUUGCAGCCCCUUUUCUGUGCUUCAGUCUCCCCUUUCAGCAGCGGGGGUUGUUUCCCUUACACAGGGGUGCCAGGAGGUUGGAAAGUGGGGCUCAUGAUCUCUUCAGCUUUCAGGGCAGGAUGCAGCCCCUGGCAAUGGUUCUGGCAAAGGGCGUUGGGGGCAGCACCAUGGAUGCUGCUGAGCUGCUGAGCCCAGAUGGGGGCUCCCAGGCGGGAGGUGGCGGGGGCYGGGGUGCCCCAGGCAAGUUGUGGGGAGCUGGGCUGGCGACCCUGUUCUCUCACCAGGGCAGGGGGAGGAGUGCCCGGCGGCAGAGGUGGGGCACCUUAAUUGUAGAUGCGGGAGGCCUUGGAGCGGGACAAGCUCAGGCAGAUCUGGGCCCUGUGCCGGAGCCCUUGCCAAAGUGGUAGCAGUUUGGCAGCAUUUUUCUUGCCCUUGUCUCCCCCCAUUCUCCCCCCCUCUCCAAACCCUCCAAAGCAAAACAGCUCUUGGGCUCCCGGCAGCCUCCCUGCGCCAGAAAGCAGAGCCCAGCGGAAAUUAAUAUCGCGCUGGACUUAGGCAGCCCACCCCACGCCUCGUCGGUAUGGACAGAAAGCUCCCGCGCUCUCUCCCAGCCUUGCUGCYGCCUGGACCAUGGUGGGGACCCCCUCGGUGCCGAGGAGCCGCCCACCGCCCCCCAGACCCGCGGGGCUGAGCUCUUCUUCCCGGCCUGAUCCAGCGGGCCGGGGUGAGCCACAGUUCAGUAUUUGAUCUGACAGCCCUGGGGGGCUGGCGCAUCGUUUUUAUACRAGUACAAAGAGUCGUCUCUUAAUGAAAGUCCCAUCCUGGCUCCCCCUCUUGCUCACCCCACUGGCAGAGGCAGCCAAACCUCCGCCAUCCUGCUGUAAAUGUUGAGAGCCCAUGGUCACAAAGGGCAGCAAGCCUGGAGGCCAACACGGAGGCUUGGAUCCCUGUGCGGUCAUCGUGGGACAGGACUGGACAGAUUUUUUUGGUUGCUUUCCACAUGGGCCUCAGUUUCCCCAUCUAUGGGGUACCUGUGCCAGGCAAGCUCUGUGAUGCUUCCAUAGCUGCUCCAUGCCUUUGCAGAAGUGCCUGUGAAUUGUGCAGCAAAAGAAAGCUGAGCUGCCUGGAGCAAAGGGAGAUGGGUUCCCCYCGGCAGGAAUGUAGGCUUGCCUCAGUUUCCCUACUGGAAGUUCCCUUUCCAGGCUAUCCCUCUCUGUUUAACCUUUAAACCUCCAGUCAAGCAUUAGGGCUCCUUUUCCAGGCUGUGCUAGAGGGUACAUCCUCUCCAAGCCCAGCUGGGGUCUGAUGUGCAGGAGAUAUGGGCAGCUGGAGAGUCUGACAUGGGACAGGGGGAUCCUGACAGUGCCUUGAGCUUCGAGCAAGGGGGGUUUGCACUGGGGACAGGAUUUCAAGCAGAGUACUGCAGCCUGGUGUCCCAAACACAGCCCCCCCGCUGCGCAAGAGUGGAAAGGAAACCCAGAACACAGUUAAACACUGAGAUUCAGCUUGUGAUUUUUGAGCCCCUGGGGCUUGGCCAGACUAUAAAGCUCUGAGUUUGGAAGCUGUGCAGCUGAUGCUCUCCAGUGAGUGGGGCUGGAGGCAGCACAGGCUGCCCAAGCACUGGUCCCCAGGGAAUCCCAGGGAAUGUAGCCUCACAACCAUCAGGCAUCUCUCGGUCUUGGGGUGUGCUGAGUCCAGCCCUGAGGUUCUGUGAGCAUCCAUGGCCAAGAAAAUGACGUUGUUGAGCAGGAUGAGCUCUGAGCCCCCAGGAGCAGUGCUGGAGGCAAGGGUGGGCUGUGUUUAGGGUGUGCUAAACUCGUGUGGCCCAUGGCUCCGGAGUUGCCCGUGGCAGAGCUGGAGCAUGGCCCAUGUCAGCACGAAGCAGGGCGCUGGCGGGCUCACAGCUGCACGGGCUGUGCCGGGGAGGGCACUCCGGGCCAAAUGUGUGGGGAAAGUACAGGAGUUUCUGUAGCCAGCGGCACACCGGGGAGCACAGCGCUGCGCUCAGACUCUGCCUCCAGGCCCAGAGAGCCAGGCACCUCACUCCAGCUGUGCUGGCAAGGAGGAGCUGCCUCUGACGUGGGCCCAGCCAAGACUUGCCCUCCCUCACUGGCAUUGGCAGAGCUGGAGAUGCCACCUGCAUCCCUCCCUUGCACUCCCUCACCCGCCUGCGGCUCCGUUCCCUGGAGUCAGUGCCUGGAUUUGGGGAGCUGAGUACAGGAUCCUGGCCAGCAGCCAAGGGGCUUUAUCUCAGGCAAGGUCACUCAUCUAGUCUCCCACAGGGUAAAGCAGCGAGCCCCCCUGGAGAGGGGGAGACACACUGAGAAUGCUGGCUGGGCUCCUGACUGCGCCCACGGCUCUGGGACAUGCAGCUGCAUCAGGCAUCAGCCACAUGGCAGUGCCAGGGCUGUGCUGGGUCAGUGCCAGCCCCAAAGGGCAGGUGCUGAGUAACGCAAUAUUUCUGUCAUCUCCCAUCGGGGACACCACCAUCAUCCCUAUGGAUGUCCCCAAGAAUGUAGAGUGGCAUGUACCAGUAUCACCCCRUAGCCAGUCCCACUGAUGGAGAUCCCCACCAUUCCCUGAUGGGACAGACAGGUCAAGGUAUCCCUUGGGUGAUUCRCCCCUACCUGUUGUCCUGCCCCUGCUGCGUACCUCUCUCUGUCCCCUUGUYAGCCGGGCUCAGCACACAGGUGGCACUGCCCUGCAGCCCUGCUCUGUCCCUGAGGGCGGUCUGCUCACAUCCCAUCCACGCCCUGUCUCUCCUGGGCUCGGGUGCUGGUUUUGCUCUGCUCGCUGUCCCCUCCUGCAGGGCAGUGGGAAGCCCCCUGGUCAUGGACCCCAACAGCAUCUGCCGCAAGACGAAGCGGCUGGCGGGGAAGCAGGCAGAGCUGUGCCAGCUGGAGCCAGAGAUUGUGCAGGAGGUGGCCAAGGGCACCAAGCUGGGCGUCCGGGAAUGCCAGUACCAAUUCCGCUUCCGCCGCUGGAACUGCACCAGCCACAGCAAGUACUUCGGCAAGAUCCUGCAGCAGGAUAUCCGUGAAACAGCCUUCGUGUACGCCAUCACGGCGGCCGGGGUGAGCCACGCCAUCACGCAGGCCUGCAGCAUGGGCGAGCUGCUGCAGUGCGGCUGCGAGCUGACCCGGAGCCGGGCCCCYCCCUCGCCCACAGCGGGGCCGGGCACAGAGGGCACGGCCUGGGAAUGGGGGGGCUGUGGGGAUGAUGUGCAGUUCGGCUACGAAAAAUCCCAGCAGUUCAUGGAUGCCAAGAACAAGAAAGGCAAAAAUGACAUCCGCGCUCUUAUCGACCUGCACAACAAUGAAGCCGGGCGCUUGGCGGUGCGCAGCUACAUGAGGACAGAGUGCAAAUGCCACGGGCUGUCGGGCUCCUGCACCCUGCGCACCUGCUGGAGGAAGAUGCCCCAUUUCCGCGAGGUGGGGGAUCGCCUGCUCGAGCGCUUCAAUGGGGCUUUCAAGGUGAUGGGAGGCAACGAUGGCAAAACCCUCAUCCCUGUGGGUGACAACAUCAAGCCUCCUGAUAAACAGGACCUCAUCUACUCGGCUGACUCACCUGAUUUCUGCUCGGCUAAUCGUAAGACGGGCUCGCUGGGCACCAGGGGCCGUGUCUGCAACAGCACAGCCAUGGACACGAGCGGGUGUGACCUGCUGUGCUGCGGGCGAGGGCACCGGGACGAGACGGUGGUGCUGGAGGAGAACUGCCUUUGCCGCUUCCACUGGUGCUGCGUGGUGCAGUGCCGCAAGUGCUCCGUCCGUCAGGAGCUCAGCCUCUGCGUYUGACAGCCUGGGGUCAGGCAAGGACAAUUUGGGAGCCACCUCCAGGCUCACAUGGCCCCCCUGGGACAGAGACAGGUGGAGCCGGUGGCAGGGUCAGCGUGGGUGAGCCAGCUCUGCACUCUGGGGAGUCCUGGCUUUCCCAGGGGGAGCGUGAGGCUGCCCAGCAUCCCCACGGCCCCCAUGGUUGGGGCUGCGGGAGCAGAGCUUCCACUAAUAAAGCUAUUUAAAGCCGGUGUGCCACAGCGCUUCCUGGGGAGGGCUGGGAAGCGCUGAGCACCGUAUUGGGAUGGGGCUAGCCAGAGAGCUGUGAGCCCCAAUCAGCCUCACUCCGGCCAGCCUCUGGCCCGGCUGGGAGUUGUGGCAAAAUCCAGCUCAUUUUGUGUCUACUGUCUGUGGUUGUCGAGCCUGGAGAUGUGUGUAGAAGAGGGUGAGUACUCUCCUGCCGUGCUCUGCAGUUUCCAUUGAGCUCUCCUCCCAUCACUCACAGCUGUCAUUGCUUGGGGUGACAGUUUGUGUCCAGCCUCCAUCUGACCUGGUAUGUUUGCAGUGACCUGCAGUCCAUGACGCCUCCACUCACGCCUCACACUGGAGGUACACCUAGCU